AUGACAGACUACUCAGACAUCCAUGCCUGGCUUGCCAAAUCUGGCUGUCAGCUGUAUCUCAAUCGCUUCGUUGAGCAUGAAAUCACCGUGGAUCUUUUACCUGAGCUAGACACUGCUGCCCUUCGAGAAAUUGGAAUCCAGAAGCUUGGUGAUCGUCUCCGGCUUGAGUUGGCGAUUGCUGACUUAAAACAGGAGCUCCUCAAGGAGAAGUAUCCCAUCGAUCAGAUCCGAAAAGCAAUUGAUCAGCAUCCUGAAAUCGUUGAGGUUCCUGCCGACCCCAUGGAGCAAACAAUCGUUCUGCCGCCUGAGCCUGCCACAUCUCGAAUUGUCACGUUCAUUUUACCCGAUGGCUCUUUGAAAAAGGUAAAUGUCGAAGGCUGUUUUAAUGCUCAACUGAUCAAGAGGAAAGUGUUGAAAAAGUUGGGUGUGAAAGGCAGAGAUCACGAGUAUGACACUUACAUUCAUACCACCUCCAUGGGGGAGGCCCGAAUCAGUUGCCUAUACGAUGUGGAGUUCGUCACCAUUUGUUUUUCGCCAGAUAGACCUGAAAAGCAUCGUAUCAUGCUAACACCCAAGAAUGAGCAGCCUUCCGAGACCGCAGCUAGCCAAUCGCUUCGAAUCUUACAGAGAAUCGCUGGCCGUAAGCCUCUGCCAAGUUCUACCCAGUUGCGGAACUUUUUCGGCCAGAGACCUCCAAGUGAGUUGAUCUCAUCCAACUUGGGCCAGUACUUCCCCGAGACUCCGCUGCAAGAUCUCGAGGCCACCAUCAGAAACUCUGUACGCCAUAGUAUGCGGAUUCUGCGUCGUCUGAAUAUGCCAUUCGGAGGGCUGGCACUAUCGUUGGGAAGACCCUCAGGUGCGUCCAUGAUGUCUGAAGAGAGAUGGUUCAGACUGCAACGUACCAUUGGUGAUGUAAUGGUGCACAACGUUAGCUUAGUGGAUGAGGCCAAAAACCCCGGCGAUGGUAUGCUGAUAUAUAGCAAGACAUCAAAUCCUCUAGCAUCCAAUGGAAGCGUUCAUGAAGACGGAAAACUGGUACUUUCUCAGAAAACAGGCUUGAGUUCUGCCAGACAUAGACUUUCAGUGGUGACGCUGUUUGCUUCGCCCAACAACAGAUAUUCUCGAAUCGAACUUGUCAGCGUGGACUCAGAAGAUGAAGACGAAGAGAACGACUUUUUGGCCCACUAUGGUGACGAGACCAGUGACGAGGAAGGAAACCUCAAUUUCUCUUCUGGAAAGAAGUGGGUUCAGGGUGCACGCAUUGGCGCAGGCAGUUUCGGCACUGUCGUGUUAGGUAUGGAUCCUAUCACUGGAGAGUUGAUGGCUGUGAAGCAGGUUCCUAUCCCACAUGGAAACACCAAGCAGAACGAGCUCCAACGGUCGAUGAUCGAUGCUCUUCAUCGAGAAAUGACGCUUCUCAAGGAAUUGAACCACGAAAACAUCGUCAGGUAUUACGGACUGUCGUCUCAGGGCAAUUUCCUUAACAUUUUCCUUGAGUACAUUCCUGGAGGCUCGGUGCUGCUGAUGUUGCAGCUGUACGGUCCAUUUGAAGAACCCUUGAUCCGUAACUUUACCAGACAAGUGCUAGUGGGGUUGAGCUAUUUACACAGCGUAGACAUUAUCCACCGUGACAUCAAGGGUGCCAACAUUCUCAUCGAUAUCAAGGGUACGGCUAAGAUUAGUGAUUUUGGAAUCUCCAAGAAGGUCGAGCUGGGAGAGGAUGGAGAUGAACAGAAGCCAAACAGGAGGGCAUCACUCCAGGGUUCAGUCUACUGGAUGGCCCCUGAGGUUGUCAAGCAGACAACUUAUACGAAAAAGGCAGAUAUCUGGUCGGUAGGUUGUCUCAUUGUGGAGAUGUUCACAGGCAGACAUCCAUUCCCUAAGUUCAGUCAAAUGCAAGCCAUUUUCAAAAUUGGAACCCACACUCUUCCCGACAUUCCUGUGGGAUGUACCGCCGAAGCACGGGAUUUCUUGGUGAAAACGUUUGAGUUUGACUAUGAAAAACGACCCAGUGCUGUCGAGUUACUUUCUGAGUCGUUUGUCACUCCACUAGUGAUGUCGGGAUCUCAGAAUGACAGAGAUGAUACGGAAGGUUCUACGCUGAAUGUCUCAUCGCCAGAUCUGAAACGUGAAGGGGAAUAUCUGCCUCGAGAGCCAUGA